CAACUCAUUAUAGAAACUCUCCCGUGCUUGAUAUAGAAAUUUAUUCCGUGGACUGCAGUAUCGGUUGACCACAAAAACAGACAGAGAUGGUACCGGAACGAAAUAAGAUUAGACAGGAGGGGCAACUUAUAAGCAUGGCACACUAUGAAAAUGAUCUAGAGCGUUCCAGCGUACGACAACGAAAACGGCAUUUUAUGAGUAGAAUCGACGACUGACAUGAAGUCGAAGCUUCAAGAGUAAAAAGGACCGUCUAUUCGCAACCCCACACAACAUCUCUAUAUUUUAGAAACCCAAUCUCCCACUCGCAUACUCUAUCUGGAGAGGGGAGAGUUCCUCAUAAAAAGCUUUUAACUUCUAUAUAGCUAAACCUUCACGCCUCGCUUUCUUCGCUGCUAAACCCUAACUCACUAAUUGCCGCUUUCCGCUUUUAAGGAGUAAAUGGCCUCGACUUUUGCUAGCAUGUGCUCGGUUAGCUUCUUGGCUGCUCCUAGCGGCCCAGUGAUGGAUAAGAAACUUGCAGCUUCUUCAAACAAGUUCCUUGCAACUUCUUCAAACAAGUUAUCAUCUUUUGCUUCAAUAUCUUCAAGCUCAUUUGGCAGGAGACAAAGUAUAGUUCUUCGAAGAAGAACACGUUUUUCCCAAAUAACCGCUGCAGCAAAGGAGUUGUAUUUUAACAAGGAUGGGUCAGCUAUUAAAAAGCUGCUGAAUGGUGUGAACAAGCUUGCAGAUCUAGUUGGGGUUACUCUUGGUCCAAAAGGCCGGAAUGUUGUUUUGGAGAGCAAGUACGGCGCUCCAAAAAUUGUUAACGAUGGAGUCACUGUGGCCAAAGAGGUUGAGUUGGAGGACCCAGUGGAGAAUAUUGGGGCAAAAUUGGUGAGACAAGCAGCUUCCAAGACCAAUGACUUGGCUGGGGAUGGGACAACAACAUCUGUUGUUCUUGGACAGGGCCUUAUUAAUGAAGGUGUCAAGGUGGUAGCAGCUGGUGCAAACCCUGUCCUAAUCACCAGGGGCAUUGAGAAGACCACAAAAGCUUUAGUGUCUGAGCUUAAAUUGAUGUCUAAAGAGGUGGAAGACAGUGAACUAGCAGAUGUGGCUGCAGUUAGUGCUGGGAACAACUAUGAGGUAGGAAAAAUGAUAGCAGAAGCUAUGAGUAAAGUAGGUCGGAAGGGUGUUGUGACCCUUGAAGAGGGAAAAAGUGCUGAAAAUAGUCUCUACGUGGUAGAAGGAAUGCAAUUUGACCGUGGGUAUAUCUCUCCUUACUUUGUCACUGACAGUGAGAAAAUGGCUGUUGAAUAUGAGAACUGCAAGUUACUAUUAGUUGACAAGAAAAUCACAAACGCAAGGGAUCUUAUUAACAUUCUGGAAGAUGCUAUUAGAGGUGGUUAUCCAGUUUUAAUAAUUGCAGAAGAUAUUGAGCAAGAAGCUUUGGCAACUCUAGUUGUCAACAAGCUUAGAGGGGCCUUGAAGAUUGCUGCACUCAAAGCUCCUGGUUUUGGUGAAAGGAAGAGCCAAUAUCUGGAUGACAUUGCUAUUCUCACUGGAGGGACUGUGAUCAGAGAUGAGGUCGGGCUUGCCUUAGACAAGGCGGACAAAGAAGUUCUGGGCCAUGCUGCCAAGGUGGUGCUUACCAAGGACACAACCACUAUUGUUGGUGAUGGGAGCACCCAGGAAGCAGUAAAUAAGCAAGUUGCACAAAUAAGAAAUCUCAUAGAGACUUCAGAGCAAGACUAUGAGAAGGAAAAACUCAAUGAAAGAAUAGCAAAACUCUCUGGAGGUGUUGCUGUCAUUCAGGUUGGAGCACAAACUGAAACAGAGCUGAAAGAAAAGAAACUCAGAGUGGAAGAUGCUCUGAAUGCAACAAAGGCAGCUGUUGAGGAAGGUAUUGUUGUUGGUGGUGGAUGCACUCUGCUCAGGCUUGCAUCAAAAGUUGAUGCCAUUAGGGAAAGCCUCGAUAAUGAUGAGGAAAAGGUUGGAGCAGAUAUAGUCAAGAGAGCCUUGAGUUACCCUCUAAAGUUAAUUGCCAAGAAUGCUGGUGUCAAUGGAAGUGUUGUCAGUGAGAAGGUGCUCUCCAGUGACAACCCAAAAUAUGGAUACAAUGCUGCUACUGGAACAUAUGAAGAUUUAAUGGCUGCCGGAAUAAUUGAUCCAACCAAGGUGGUCAGAUGUUGCUUGGAGCAUGCCUCAUCUGUGUCAAAAACAUUCUUGAUGUCUGAUUGUGUAGUUGUUGAGAUCAAGGAGCCUGAACCGGCUAUGGCUGGGAACCCAAUGGACAACUCAGGGUAUGGUUACUAAUGAGCUGGGAAUAUUCAGAACAGUCUGCCCUGCAUGACGUAAUGACUCAGUUUUGUACAUCGGGGGGCAUUUGUUUUUGCAAAUUUCAUCAUUGUUGUUAGGAGGAAGAACAGAUUUUUGUGAGUUUAGCUUGCAGGGUUACGAUGCCCUAUGAACUUGCAAUUCAUGUAUAAUUGCUUCGAUACUGCAACCUUCUUUUGGGCGGAAUUAUUUUGAUCUUGGUUGUUGCUAUUUUCCAUUUGCACCUUUUAUAUUUUUAUAUUUUACUAGUCAAUGCAUAUGUGUGUGUUACUUGAACUAUUUUGAGUAUUUUAACAUCUGGACAUCAA